AUGGUCUCAACACGCGGGCAUCCCAAAGAAUUCCCCGAAACUCCCACCCGCACACCUACUACCCCCACCCAAAGCACUCCAUUCCGCAAAGGACAAUGGGCACAUACACCUUCGAAUCUAACCAUCAUCUGGCUCGCCAUCUCUCUCCCACUCGUCGCAUGGGAUGCUGGAUAUUGUAUGCUGCGGCCUCAUUCUAUGCCCGGCGGAUCACUACAUUGGCCCAUCUGGGUUCCUUAUGAAUUAUAUGGGAAAGUCGAUUAUAUAUAUGGGUGGAAGGCUUUCAAUGAACAUAAUGGAUUUACUGCUGCGCAGACUUUCUUGAAUAUUAUUGAGUCUGGCAUGUAUUAUUAUUAUUUGUAUGUCUUGUAUGCGUAUGGCAAAUCAUCGUCGGCGCAGGGAAGAGGUGCUCCUAAGAAUGCGGGGUUUUUGGGGGAGCAGAGGUUUGUGGAUGGGAAGAUGGGGGCUUUGGCUGUUUUGGUGGGUUAUAGUGCUGCGGUUAUGACCGUUAGUAAGACGGUGUUGUAUUGGAUGAAUGAAUAUUACUCGGGUUUUGGAAAUAUCGGCCAUAAUAGUAUUCGUGAUCUUAUCUUCUUAUGGAUCAUUCCAAAUGGUUUAUGGAUAGUUGUACCUUCAUAUAUUAUAUAUGUGACUGGAAGUGAGAUUCUUCAGGGUCUUUCGAUUGCUGCUGGAGGAGCUACGGCUUUGAAUGAUGAUAUUUCUUUGGUUAAGACGGAAUGA